GUCUCGGACGGUGUCGAGGAAGAGCCGGAAACUGAGGUCUGCGGGAAACCAGAAGAAGCUUCAUCUUUCGAAGCAGAUCAGGUGGUCCCACCCUCGGUGGAGGAAGCCACCGCUGCACUCCGGGUGCCUAUGCCUCUGAAAAUGGAGGCGGAGCAGCAGGUGGCGAGGGCGGCAAAGAUCCCACCUCUCUCUGCGGAGGAGUCCCGGACCAUCCUGAAGCGAAUCAGGGAAUGCGACCUGAGUGCCAUCGCCGAAGCCGCAGAAAGAGCUGAGGACGAUGACUCAUGCAUCCGGUUGAUCACCACAGGCCUGUCUGGUGCGCUUGUGCAGCCAUUGCGGCGUGGCACUACUGGCGCCUUGGCACUCUUGGCGCAGGUCGCGCGCAGGUCCAUGGAAAUGGCUGCUGGAGGAGCACAGCACAAGACUGUGGCCGAGUCGCUGAUGACUUCAGACGGGCUCCAGCCGUUGGUGGAUGCGAUCACCUCGCCGGAUAUCCGCAAAGCAAGCCUCGCCGCCGAAGCUCGCCCGAAGAACAUUGCACCAAGUACACGGAACAUUUACCUGGGCCAGGGUGUUUGUUCGGCCAUGGUGGAUCGCUUCGAUCCGAACCUCCUUGUGUUGGACCUCCUACGGCGCAUUGCCAACUCUCAUGCGCAAAGGCCGCCUGCAGCUGGCCCUGGGUGCUUCACGCGCUGCCUGCAGGAGCUGCAGAUGUGGUUUCAGGAGACGGCUCUGGGCUCCUUGCUCCGUCGACUGAAGGAGACUUCGGCGGGCUCCGCACAGGACUCGGCAGUCGGUGAGGGCUCUGAGCACGGAGAGAGCGGCAGGGAGCCUGCAGAGCUCUCAGAGCGCUCAGCCGAUCCCCACGAGACACCUCCGACACCUCCAGUGUCAAGAGGGAGCGGGAACGGAAGCCCGAAGAGCGGAGGCGGUCAAGAGGGCCCUCCGAAGAGGGCGGGCUUCCCGUCGCAGGCGCUGCGCCAGCACCUGCGCGAAGGCCUGAAGCAGCUGAAGGUAGAUAUCGAAGUGAUGCUCUUCCUUUCAUUUCCCUCUGACAGCCCAUUCAGCGAUCCGACAGUGGAGAGCCUCUUCCAGUGGCACUACACACGACGUUCCUGGGUUUGCAUGGAUUGGUCUGCACUGGCCACACUUUUGAUGCUUUGCUGGGACAUCGCCAUGAACCCUCCUUAUCGAGUUCUGCUAGUGCUUCUUUUCUACACUGCCUUCGGUGCUGGUCUGAUAAUCCGAAAAUUGCUGAUGUUCGCCUCACCUUCUGCGCCGGGUGCCUGGCGGGUGUGGCACAAUGUUCUCCUUUGUGCGUUUUUCUUCGGCCGAUGCGUUAUCUGCCAGCCAUUGCUCGUUUCCCUUGCCACGGACGGAUCCACACAGCUGCAGGCGGUGCAAGUCGAGGCAUUUAGUUCCGUUAUCGGCCUAGGGAUGACGAACAUCUCCAUGGUUUUCAUGCAACAAAUGCAGACCGUGGACACACUCCUAUUCUGCUUCGUGAACGGUGCGGUCUUCAUCCUCUGGAUCGUUUUCGUUUUGCAGAUGCCUCUGACCGAUGCCCUGCACACGGCUUACGUGGGCUCCAUCGUGAUUACCGCAGUCUGCGUCCGGCAACAGCGGGACCUGGAGGAGCUCGACCGGCGCUCCUUCGACCACCAGCUCCUCAAUGCUCGAGGCACAUUGGUCCGGUCUGCAGAGCAGCUCUCACGGCAGUCAACAGCCCAGGAGUUCAGCUGGCAGAUGCGGAUCCUGGAGAACUCUCGCAGCGUCGAGCAUCUGAACUUCUAG